GUUGCUAGCACAUUUUGUGAUCAAAUAGUUCCACUCACUGCAGAGGAGAACUCUCCAAACUAAGACUCACCAAAGAGGAGCUUUACUGCUUUCUUCUGACCAUGUGCACCAGAAAAUGCUCCCUCUUCGUUGCUGGCUGUAUGUAUGUACUCGUGCUCCUGUCUGUGACCUGCAACACCAUGCUGUUCUUUCCUGGCUGGAGUGUGAAGUACGCUAAAGAAAGUCACAUCACUGAGCAGGUGUACUACAUGGGGGGCUUCAUCGGAGGGGGUGUCUUGGCGCUGAUUCCAGCUCUUUACAUCCAACUGACUGGAGAUGGGGGCUGCUGUUCAAAUCGCUUAGGGAUGUUCUUUUCGAUUGCGUUUGCAGCAGUGGGCGUGGCUGGAGCUGUGUACAGUUUUGCUGUGGCCAUCCUUGGCUUGUCCAAUGGCCCCCUGUGUAAAGAUGGGACUGGGGCGUGGGUAACCAUGUUUAAAAGCAGCAACGCAAACUACAUGACCCAGAAGUCUAAGUGGGCUGACUGCGCUGAGCCGAAGAAUGUGGUGCAGUUCAACAUAGGCCUCUUCAUCACAUUGAUCCUGGCCAGCUUCCUACAGGCACUGCUUUGUGUCAGCCAGAUCAUCAACGGCAUCGUUGGUUGCAUCUGUGGAACGGCCAAAGACCAAAUGAUUGCAUAAAACCCAUGAGGAUGAACACCUGAGAUAUGAAACAGUAAUAGGUAUUGAUUUCUGGUGUAUGUCUAUGGUUUCCCACAGUUAUUAUACCUUAAAAUAUGCUAAAAUGCAAAGCAUCAGCUGGUUUUUAAUCUGAUCAGGAGAUGGAAAGAUCAUCAAGUAUCACACUUGAAGUGCCUCUUUCUUUUGUUUAAAUACAUUUAAUUUUAUGCCUACAUUGUCUUUUUUUUCCUUCUGCAAUUUGCGCAUCUUUGCUUUUACAAACAGAAAACAAGCUUAUAUCUGCAAUGUACAAAACGAUUGAUAAUAAAUCAUGAAAAGCACAAUGUAAACAAACCAGUCUGUACUGAAAGUUUUGAUUCCAUUUACAUUCACUUAAAGAGGUGAAUGUAAAACAAAACUUUGUGUCAGAGGUUAAAAAUACUACUACACCAUUAUUAUUGGUAGUGGUAGUAGAUAUGUUGAUGCUGGUUGCCUGACUUCUUGAAAUAAAAUAAUAAGGAAUAAUACAA